ACAGCCUCCGCCGCAGGAGUCGGGCGGGCGAGCGAGCGGAGAUUUGGCUGAGGGAGGCGAGCGGAGAGAGCUGGCUUCCUCGCCUUGCUCUGCCCCCCUUCUCUCCCGCCAUGGCGGUGGACGUGAGGCGGCUGGAGGGCCUGAGCCUUCACCAGCUGAACGAGCUGCUGGACGACGAGGAGCAGCUCCAGAGCAUGGCCAGAGAGAUGGAGGAGGCUCAAAACGUUCAGCUUAGCAAGGACAUGACUCUUGCCAGCAACCGCAGCCUGGCAGAAGGCAAUCUCUUAUAUCAGCCAAAGCUGGAUGCCCUGAAGGCUGCAUUGACGCAAAAAUAUCAAGAACUGCAGGUUAUCUUCGAAGCAUAUCAAAUAAAGAAAACGAAGUUAGACCGACAAUCCAGCAAUGCUUCCUUGGAGACCCUUCUAGCACUGCUUCAAACAGAAGGGGCUAAAAUUGAAGAAGACACUGAGAACAUGGCUGAGAAAUUUCUGGAUGGUGAAGUUCCAUUGGACACCUUCAUUGAUGAGUAUCAGAGCCAAAGGAAACUGGCUCAUUUGCGACGCGUAAAGAUAGAAAAACUCCAGGAGAUGGUGCUGAAGGGACCAAGACUUCCCCUGGUGCCACCUCAGCCGAGAGCCACUGAGACACCACCAGCAAUUCAGACUUCAGAGGCAAAUGCUGCUCCUUCUGUUCUGCCUCGCCGCAAUCCUCCACCGCCCCCCCUGGCGCCAGGAGUCCCAGCAGGACGCUUCCCCACUCCCUUUACAGCAGCAAUGAAUGCAGGACCAGCCCUCCCCUAUUCAGGUGUUCCAUACCCUCCGCUCCCCCCUCGAACAGGAAUUCCAUCUACUACUCAAAUGCUCCCUCCAGGAUAUUCAGCUCCGUUUACCCCACAGUACCCACCAGCGUUGCCCCAAAGACCACCGCCUCGCCUCCCACCAAACCCUGGCUUUAUCCUACAGUGAAGAUGCCAUCAUGCCCUGACUCUUGUGUUUUGGUGCUGAACUUUUUACUCUUUAUCUCCCACAAACUAAACCUAAGUAGUGGCAAAUCUCCAGACUUUGCACACAAGAAAUCAUAGCUGACAACUUGUGCAUCAGAGCAUCCUGCAAAACAUCGCCGUGUUUUGUUUUGUUUUAAAUCAACAACUGCAUAAAACACUUGCUUAGAAGGGUGGUGGGGCAGCCGAACUGUAAAUUUGAUUGUUUCCAUAUUAAGUGGGAACUUGCAUAGCUCUUAAGAGAUUUCAAGUCAGUGUGGAAUGACUGUGACUUCCCAAGGGAUCGUGUCUCUUUCUCUACUUGAUUUGCGCAUGAAGAACUUCAAUCUAUUUCUGCAAAAAAAAAAAAAUCUCUGUUCUGAUCUUUUAAAUGGUAGCUGUUGCAUAUACAUUCUGACUAUGAAAACACAGUAAAAUGGACCAGCCAGCAACCCUGGUGACUCGGUGCUUGUGCUCGGUGUUUGCUAACUGAGGCUUUAGCACCUAAUGCGGGACAAGGUGCUUCCCAUGCUGAAGUAAUCCCAUUCAUUUCAGUGAGAUGAUGCCAGUGUAAGUAGGUCCCUAAAUUGCCUUUUUUAAAUGUGUGGUAGGGAUCGAUCAACUUUUUUUAAACGUGAUGACCUCCAGAAAGUCUCAGGAUUUAAAAAAAUAAGUAGUGAAUGGACACCCGUUUUUCCUCCUCUUGUCGGAUCUUUGGACCAGAUCCAAAAUUUUGUAUUUUGUUCCACUGGAUACCUUCUGCAACCUCCCCAUUCCGCUUGCUGUCACCCUUCUCUCCUCAUCAGUCUGUCUCCCAAAUUCCUUCAUUGUGGCAUGUAGGGUAGAGGGUCGUCUUAAAAAGGCUUUUGACCUGUAUUGUCUUCUUGCAUUGUGGAGAGCAAAUUCUGUCAAACACACUUUUGUGUGUCAUGACUUCUAACUAAUCUGAUGGGCAAUUAGUUCUAUCAGUUUAUAUUUUCAUCACAUCUUGGUCUUAAGCUAAAACUCCCACCCCAGUGGAGAACCUCGAAUCUGUUUCGUAUUGAGCCGGGAGAGAGCUUUCUCUUCCCUCCAUGCCCCUCUAGUCUUCCAAACCUUUUGUUUCUUAAAAUUGAAGACCUGCUUCCAUUUACAAACUUUUCUAGACUGACUGCUUUUGAAUGAAUCUUGGCUGUUUUUUGUAUUUAAUUAACUAUUGCAGUCAUGUGACAGCUUCAGAGUCUUGAAAUUUCAUUGUUGCUUUAGUCCUUCUGGGGGCUCACUCUUGCUAUUAGAUGGGUCUGUGACAGAGCCCUGAAUAACAGCUAAAUAUGCUAAAUGCAAUUUUUCAUUGCAUUGGAGUUUCUUCCAAGAGUCUAGCAGAGGGUAAAAGAUUGUAGAGGGAUUAGCACACCAAUUUCACAUCAUUGCUCAUUGGUGUGUUUGAUUGAUCUCUCAUUUUAAUAAGCGUGGAUAGCUGUAAAAUGAAUAACGUUUCAAGAGUGUUUGGAGAGGGACAGUUGUUGCUGAAUUCAGUAGGAAAUGGUUCUGAGCCUUAAAUUUUGCAGGGGAAUCAUCCACAUUCCACGUCAAGAUAACCUUGUUGAUUACUGUCUCUGUAUAUGCUCUUGCAUUCUUCAGCAUAAAACUAGCAGAAGCUUAGUAAGAAGCCGAGGGAGAGAAAAAAGAAAAAUCUUUAGAGGUGUGAUAGAGGUAUAGGGUUGAAUACAGAGACAGUAGUACUUAACACACAAUGUAGUUAGAGCAGACUAGCUACUUCUGCUCUCAAAUGCCUCUGUUACCAGUUUUCCCAUAAGCCUUUCAGCACAGCAUCUUGCAGGAGUAGUUUGUUCUAUACGGGGCUAUGAAAUUAGUUGAAGCGAAAUGCAGAUUAAAUUGCUGCUGCUCUUUCUUUGUAGUCAGCAGGAUUGCCUUGUAUGCUAUUGAAUGGUGUAUCUCAAGGUAGCUGGAAUGAGUGUGAUUUUCAAACUGGCCACCAUAAAGGAAGCGCCUCCUCUAGUCUUGCUGCUGGUGUCCUGCCAUAAGCUUGAGCCAUGGUUGAGUUUGGGUUGCAUUCAGACUUGGCCUUAUGGCUUGCCAGGAACAAGAUUUGUUCUCUGGUUUGCUGCUUGUGGUUUGUCUGGGGGAAAUAAACCAUGGGCCCAGAUUCAGAUGCAGUGCAAAGUCAUGGGUUAGUUCAUAGCAUUAUACCAUCUUCCUCAAUUUCCUCCCUCUUAACCGAGCUAGGAAAAUAGACUGUGGGAAUUCUAGCUAUGAACGCUGUUGAAGUGGAUGAGCAAGACCCCCAAACUUGUGUCUAUGCACUAAAAAAAUUAUAUAGGCUGUAGAGGUAAGAAGAAACUGAUGUUAACAGCUACAGCAAUUCCAAAUUAAGUAAAGUACGUGUGUGUGUGUAUGUGUGUGUGUGUGUGAGAGAGAGAAUCUGCAUAGGACUUCAAUAAUUUGUGGCAGGAAAACAUGCUUCAAACUAAUUUGCGGCUUUGUGCAUCUUGACUGUGAAGAACAUGGAAGUAAAAGUGUUGCCAUCCGUGGGCAGCUUCCUUAAAGCUGCUGUAGCGACACUCUUCAUUUCUGUCAGCUUUUCACAAAGCAUGCAUUUCUCACAGCUCAAGAGUGCAAGGAGGAAAGUGUGAAGCUGUGGGAGCAGCACAUCCAUUAGCAACCUAACAUAACUGUUUUACUGUGGAAGUCUCAAGAAGGCCUGCUAUUAAUGCAUAAUGUCCUUUAACACUUACUUAAAAACUAACCAACCAAGCUGCAGUUGCCAAUCUAGACCUCCUUAUGCACCCUCCAACUUUCUUUCUGCCACUUUUCUCCCCCCCCCCCCCCAGUACGCCAUCCUAGUCUGUAACUGGUGCCCUUUUUGUUACGACAGGAGCUAAUUUUUUGUCAGGUUUGCAAAACAAAAUGGCCAUAAGAAACUUUAUAUUGUAUCAUAUUUACAUUCUUCUGAUCACUGCCCCUUUUGGGUAAGCUGGCUAAAAGAGCAAAAUGCAAAAACCUUUCAGCCUGGAAGCCUCUUUCUUCAAGCCAUAAUCUUCUGUUGGAAGAUAAAAGAUGAAACGUGGGAAAUCCGUGUGCAUUUGUGCCCCUCCUUGAACUGCCAUUUUUCUGUUAGAGGCCAUUCACACUUGCCUUGGAACAGGAUAUCCUCUUCCCAUCUGGCUGUGGGACUCUGAGGCGAAUUCUGCCAGGACCAAGAUUUUGAUCUUGGUGUAUGACUAAGUCCUACUGUGCAAAUCUUGGGGAAUUGUGAAAUUCUAGCUUGAUGUAGGAAAAAUGGUUUCUAGGGUCUGAUCAGGUAUGAGCUUUUAGUAUUCCAUGGAUGACACAAGAUCUCUUUUUUAAAAAAAAUGGUGACAAAAGUAUACCUGUAUUUGCUGAAUUCUGUAUCUAUUAUAAUCUUAUUUGGGCAUGGUAA